AUGAAUCAAAGUAUUUUUACAAAUGAGGAUUAUUAUAGUUUUGAUAUUUCAAAUUUAGUUUUACCAUAUGAUACUAGUAAACCAUAUAGAGUUUCUGCAGUUGAUUCAGUUGGAUUGGGUUAUGUUAACUAUUUUAAUUUUGGGGAACUUAGAUUUUGUAAUUCUCAACCCAAUAGAAGAGCAGAUGUAUAUCAAAGUUGCAUUAUUGGUAAUGUCUCGGCAUCAAACACACAGUCAGGAGGUUUGGAUACUAUUAAAUAUGAUGUUAAAGAUCGUAAUGUAUUCAAAAUAAACUAUAAAGCAUCAGAAUUAGCUUAUGGAUGUAUUCGUAAUACAUGGUAUAUUUUAAAAUGUAAUCGAAAUUACCCCAUGUUAAUACAAAGAAUGGAUGUAAAUGCUUGUGACUAUACUGUUUACAUCGAAUCCAAAUAUGCAUGUGCCUAUAACACUUUACUUUCAUACUAUAUUGUAGGAAAUAGACUUUUCCUUCCAAUUACCGGUUUUGGAUCAGAACCUUCUAAUCCUAUUAAAAUCUACUUUAACAACACUCCAAUUGUUUUAGAUUUAAAAACACUGCCAGUUUUUUAG